AUGUGUAAUAAGAUGCUGGACAGUACCACUGUGGCGGAGCACGACAAAGAAGUGUAUUGCAAGCAGUGCCAUGGCCGUAAAUUCGGAAUUAAGGGUUACGGAUUUGGAGGAGGAUCGGGAGCUCUAAACAUGGACAAAGGGGAAAAGUUCGGUGGAAGAGAUGGUGGCGAAUCCAGACUAUUAAUCUUGCAUUGGAAGUCACCAACACAAUGUUAUCACAAAUUUUACCUCGAGCAGGUGGCAAGGCCCACCUCAUAUUAUCGUAUUUGCAGCUUGAUCAUGACAUUUGAUAAAGUGUAUUUAAAGUGA